UAUCUGUCGCGGUUCAUUUUAUCCUUCUCUGUUGCGUGAACCAGCGGUUAGGAGCGACACUAAAUCAAGUGGGAAUGAAACUCGUUGAAACAACGCUAGACAUGGUAACGGAUCCAUGACUGUGCUUCUGUUAUUAUCAACGCCAGUAACGGUUAAACCUAUUGCAUGUGUCGAAAUGAAGGACGAGAAGAGUAACUCUAUAUUGCCCACUGAAGCGACUCGAUUGAGACCAAGAUUGGAAAGUUUCGAUGAUGUUCUGCCGUAUGUCGGUGACUACGGGAGAUAUCAAUGGCUGUUGUUAUUGUCGUUACUACCUUAUGGCGCGACGUACGCGUUUCUGUAUUUCUCGCAAUUUUUCAUUACUCCCACGGAACACUGGUGCAGGAUAGACGAAUUAGUAAACUCGAAUUUCACCGAAGAAGAGAGGAUUAAGAUAGCGAUUCCAGUGACGAACGUUUAUCCUUAUUACGAACAAUGUCAACGGAAGGACGUAAACUUCACAGAGCUGUUGAAGAGCGAUAAGAGCCUGAGCUCAUCGGGCUUCCAAACAAACAAAACGAUAAAAUGUACUCAAUGGGAGUAUAAUUUUACGCAGAUUCCAUAUCCUAGUAUAGGAACUGAGCUAGAUUGGGUAUGCGACCGAGAAUACCUCGUAUCAACGGCGCAGGCCAUCUUCUUCUGCGGAUCCAUCAUCGGUGGUUUCCUAGUCGGUUGGAUCGCCGAUCACAAGGGUCGUAUCCCAGCUUUAAUGUUCUGCAAUGGUAUCGCCCUUUUUGCCUCCAUUUUCACUGCCAGCGCAAAUAGUUUUUGGUCAUUCGCCGUCUGUAGGUUUCUCACUGGACUGGCGUUCGAUAACUGUAUCAACAUUCCUCUGAUUAUCGGUAAGCCUUCUACGAAGUACUACAACUACAUCGCAGUGGCCAGUACAAUUUUACCAUGGAUAGCCUAUUAUAUCGCGAACCGGAGAUAUUUUACUUACGUUACUGCCAUACCGCUGUUAUCUGUCGCUAUCACACCGUGGAUUCUUCCCGAGAACGCCCGCUGGUACGUUUCCAACGGGAUGAUGGACAAGGUUGUUGAGAAACUACGGAGAAUAGCUAGGAUCAAUCGUAGAAAUCCAGACUCGCGUAUUUACGAUAUAUUAGUUAGUAACAUGGAGGCACCGGACAAAAUUCAAGAAUCAGCGACGCUGCUCGAUCUGUUCAAAACGCCACGGUUGGCGAGAAACACUAUUCUUCUAGUUGCAUUCUGGUGUUUUACCCUGAUCUCGUUCGACGAUCACGUGUAUUCAUUAAAACUUAUCCAGAGCUCGGUGUUCGUGUCGUUCUCGAUCGCCUGUGCCACAGAACUUCCAGCUGGGUUAUUACUCGCCCUGUUGCUCGACCGAUGGGGUCGUAGACUCUGCGGAUUUCUCACGAUGGCAAUGACCUGUGUACUCAGUAUCGCUGAACUUAUGCUGCAUUCCAUGCUCGCGAAAUUAGUAAUGUCAAUAUUGUCGCGAUUCUGUCUGAACAUGGCAGCCAAUGUUGGUCUUCAGUAUGCAGCAGAACUUCUGCCCACGCCAGUCAGAUCGCAGGGCGUAUCUUUCAUUCAUAUUUUCGGAAUAGUUGCACACUCUUUGGCGCCAUAUAUCACUGACUCGGCUGCAAUUUGGGAGGGAUUUCCAAUGCUCAUUAUCAGCACGGUGUCCUUUUUUGGCGCUGCACUGGUUUUGUUCUUGCCGGAAACUGUCGGCCAGAAUCUUCCUCAGACUAUCAAGCAAGGCGAAGAAUUCGGAAGGGACCAACAUUUCUGGUCGUUGCCUUGCUACCAUAAGACACACUUCAAUGGACAUCAACACUAUCACUCCUGUGAACGAUAAUUAUCUGAUUUUUAAUAAUAAUUCAAUUAAAAAACACGAAGGAGGAUUCGUGUUUUUUUAGAAGUAACAAUAUUACAAGCGGAUCAGUCUGACGAUUUUUGUACGAGAAAAAAUCGGAACAUAUUAUUUUUCUAUUCUCCUACAUUAAUUUUUAUUUUUAUCGUUUACGUUUAAGAAUUUGUAAGCCUUAAUUCUAAAAAGAGCGAGCUUAGAAAUCGUGUUCCUAUAUAAUUUUUAUUAUUAUCUUUUAAGAGCUUUUAUAAUUUUAAUGCUAAUUUUCACUUGCGUUACGCACGUUCGAAUCGUUCAGCGGUUGGUGCUAAUUUGAUAUUCAAAGAUAUUACGUAGAAUAAUAUCGAAAAUGUUACGUAAAUUAAUAAUUACGUAAUUUAUUAAUUACGUAAAUAAUAAAUUAGGGAGAUUUAAAUUUUUGAUUCCUUUAAUGUUUUUAACAUUUUUUACUGGAAUAUAUUGGACAAAAUCUUAUUUAAAAAAAUAGUACGUUUAGAUAAUUUUUCUUUGUGAAAAGAAACAGUUUUAUAUCUUUUGAACGAUUAUCCACGUAUUUUUAACGAUUAUUUAUCUAUUCGUUAUAUUUUUUGUACGAUUUUAAAUAACGUACAAUAUUAAUAAAAUCCAAGCUUGAAGACUUUUUAAAUUAUUGUUAUAAUUUCUUCAGCACCAACUGCUGGACUUUUAUCUAUCUAAAACGAGUUGUACGUACAUUAAAAAAAAAAAUAACUCUAAUUGACUGUUUCUAUGGUUUAGGAAGAAGAAAAAAAGAAAGGAAAGAAUAUUGUAAGCAAAUCGUGCCAUCGUAUGACGAUCAGUGUUCGUCGUUGUGCCAAUAACAACGCAAUCAAUCUGAAGAAACCUAUUCAUAGUAUUCAUAAUCAUCACUCACGUAUAUAUUCGCGUAUACACUCACGUCCAUAAGAUUGAUUCACCGAAUAAAACUUCCAUAAACCUUAAUAUAAGAAACAAUUCUACUUUUUAUUUGCACACACAUCGACGAAUCCCCCGAACAAAAAUAAACUGCUAAAUAUCUCUAUAAUUAAAUACAUUAAUGCUCGAUGAUCCUCGUUCAUCGUUAUACGUCUAAUCUAACUCCAUCCUAUAAUUAGGAGAUAACGAUCACUUAUGUUACAAUGUAUUAACCCUUAACAGCCGAACUUAAUUAUAAUUAAUUAUAGAAAAUGAAAUGCUUCAUUAUACGGAUAUUUGAAGUAAUAUUCUGUAUUAUACAGGGUGUCUGGUAAUUGAUACUGUGAUAACCAGUGGUUAGUUAAUAUGGUUAAUAACCAGUGGUACAGAAUAAUACUAUGUGAAAGGAUCUGUUGAAAAUAUAGAACGAGAGAUUUUCGUACGACGUUCGAGAGAAUGAAAUUCUGAAGCUUUGUCAACUCGUGUUCACACGACAUUCACGAAACAUAUUCAAAAUUUAUUUUCUCGCAAAUACGAAGAAUCAUCAGUUACGAAACACUCUGUACUAUAUCACAUUAUUAUAUCACUAUCGUAUUGAUAAGAAAUGUCGAUAUUAUAACUCCUUAAGACUCCCUUAAUAUUUAUUUGCGAUUCAGCUUAAUAUGUAUUGGCCCUGUGUAAUUUCAAGAUUAGAAAUAUAAAAGAAUUCAUUCCUGAUUACGAUAUCGUACAUGAUUUACAAAAUCAUCGACCGUCAAGGAUUAAAUGAGAAUUCUUUCGUCCAGAAUUAUUUUCCAGACGAUCGAAUUAUUAUCCAUUGCAUCACGAGGAUCGAACUAACUUGUAGCCUUGAACAAUUAUGUACAGUUGAAUCUCUAGCGUAGGAAUAUUUCAAAGAAUCUCAGGUUUUGAGGAACGAUAGCUGAUAUUUGCAACGAACAAUAGUAUGUCUUUUUAAUCGGUAACUGAAAGCAGGGGCUAGUCUCAUAAGUACGCGAAUGAUUCUAACGAUCGAAUGAUUCUAGUUGCUAGAAUCAUUGUUUAAAGGUGGUAUAACGGAGAUUGUGCGCUUAAGACGAACAGGUCGGAGGAUCGAAAGGAACGAGAUUGGAAAUAUUCGCGUCUCUUCCCGAAUCAGAAUUUUACUAUUUCUAAUUGAACACGUGACGGAGUUUCGAUCUGUUUCAAGUAACAUUUAAACCUGAGUGUUACGCCGGGCGACUCUCUGCCUGGCCCAGGUCACACACCGCGGGCCAGACGGACACCAGAUGUCCGCUCUUCCGUACGGCGUACCCUCAAUAGCCUUAAGCAUCCGUCAUAAACCCGAGUCACUUGCCUGCUAAGGUCCUUCAAACAAACAUCUGUUUCCGAGGAAUUUCUCGAGACUAUUGUCUACCACGGCUUAACUAAGGAAAGUUGGUUUUUCGCACGUACGCCGCAACUGUCCUCCCACUAACCACUUUCUCUCGAGGGCGGUUGAGACCCUUCGUUUAACCAAUUAGAAACAAAGCCUAUUCCCUCACUCUCCUAAAUAACAUCGGCACCAACAAAUCCGAUGGUCCCGUGCGCUAGACACACCCACCCUUAGCUUUCCUCCGAGACAGCAUCGUCUCCCAAGACGGUACUGAUUUUACAUCCUUCGAGCGGGUAGACACACCCGCAGAUCAGUCACUCAUUCAUCUGGUACAUACGCACCAGUGUAACUGCCUUCGUUAUAAGUUGUGGAAUAAACGGUGAAAUAUAACUUACUAUACUGUGUCAUAUUCAUUCAACCACCUUUGUUAUCUUAACCGAAACAGAGGAACGACUACUUCGCGGCGUCGAUUCACCGAAUCGUAGCGAGAAUUUACGCCUCUCGCUGACGCGUUUUCCUCGCGACCGCGUCUCUCCGCGAACGGUCGUAACACUGAGCAUUUUCAAAAUUAACUCAUUAUCUAUCAAUUUUUCUUCUAAAAUUUGUAUAUAAUUCUAUAAAUUAUUUACUGCUUUUUCCAUUGGAUUUAAACAGAACAAUUUCGGAAGAAUGUCGAACAUUAUGUUAAUAUCCUUUGUAUUAAAAAAAAUUCCUGCUUAAAAAGAUCCUACAACUUUCAUUUUUUAAUCUCAAUUGGGUAUGAUGGUAGCUAAUGAACGCUUAGCAAUUAAUUGUUUUAAUGCAUUCCAUUUUAUGAAUGAUCAGUAAUUACGGAUUCAAGGAUACUUAUUAGAAGUAAUAUUCUUAUUAUAUCUAAAUAUAUCAAAUAGAGAUAUUUCUCGUAUUAAUACUGAAAGAUCAUAAAAAAGAAAAUAUCAUAAAAGAAUUUCAAUUUUGAUGUUUCAUUAGAAUAAUAUAUAUAUAUAUGUAUGUAUAUAUUUAAAUUAAAUAACAGAGAUCUCAGAGUUUUCAAAACAUUCAACGUGUUGAUGCAUAAAUGGAUGAUGAAAAAAAGCCACGUUGAUCGAGCGAACGCAAAAUACACUUCGGUUUAAAAGUCGAUCGAAACUCUCAUUUCAAGUGUCGGCGAUUUAUGAAUCACCUAUAUUGAUACAAAGGCGAUUCGUAAUAAAGCAGACAAGUUGAAAGCUUGACAAUGCGCGAAGACAGCUCUCUUUUUGUGUUUCGAGUCUCGUGGCAAUCCUUUGUUAUUCACGGUAUUUCAUAGUUAAAUCAAUUCAACUAGAGUAUUCCUUCAACGAGAAAAGAAAAAAAAGAGCAAGAAGAAAAAGAUAUAGAUCUUUCUUUUCGAUUUUUAAAGCGAAAGAUGCAUAAAUACUAUGGUAUAUUAUUUCCUUAUAUAUCGUUUCCUUUAAUACGUAUAUCCAAUACUGAAUUUAAUUGUACAUUUACAUAAGAUACUUCAAUCGUUUCUCAUUUCCAACACUUUACCGACGUUAUAGUACGCGAAAUAAUUACAUCGCAAUAUGUGAACGCAACGUACUUUAAAUGCCGUGUUCUUAAUUCUUUAAAUUUCUUCACAUUUUUAUACAGUCAUUCCAAUUAAAAAAAGAUACACUUUA